AUGCCUUUUGGGUUGACGAAUGCUCCGGCUACGUUUAUGGACUUAAUGAAUCGUAUCUUCCGUGCUUAUCUUGAUCGCUUUGUGGUUGUCUUUGUGGAUGACAUCUUAAUUUACUCACUUUCGGAGGAGGAACACCAAUCCCAUCUCACUAUCGUUCUUGAACUCUUGAGAGAGCACCGAUUGUACGCUAAACUUAGUAAGUGUGAGUUUUGGCUGCCCGAAGUAAAAUUCUUGGGUCAAGUGGUUUCGAAUGGUGGAGUGUCCGUUGAUCCGGGGAAGAUAGAGUCCAUUAUGGAUUGGCAACGACCGAAGAACGUGUUCGAGAUUCAUAGCUUUUUGGGUUUGGCAGGGUAUUAUCGCCGUUUUGUCCAAGACUUUUCACGCCUAGCGGCACCUAUGACUAGGUUGACUCGAAAGGGGACACGUUUUGUUUGGAGUGACGCGUGUGAGACUGUUUUUAAGGAGUUAAAGAAGCGAUUGACUACCGCGCCGAUUUUGAUUGUGCCUGAACGUGGAGUUGGUUACUCUGUGUAUUGCGACGCUUCGAAAGAGGGACUGGUUGUGUUUUGA